AAAGUUGGAAAUAAACAAUAUCUAAACCUGUUUCUUGACAUGGUAUCAAAACAGAGCUACUGCUGAGAGUUUGAUAUUUAGAGAAAUCAUGGUUCGACUGACCUUGGAUCUAAUUGCGAGAAACAGCAAUCUUAAAUCCCGAAAAGAAGAAACCAUUUCACAGUGCCUGAAGAAGAUAACUCAUAUAAAUUUUUCAGACAGAAAUAUAGAUUCAGUUGAAGACCUCUCUCUUUGCAAAAAUCUCAGUGUUUUAUAUUUAUAUGAUAACCGUAUUACUCAAAUCACUAACCUGAAUUAUGCAACAAAUCUGACCCAUCUAUAUCUACAAAACAAUUGUAUUUCAUGUAUAGAGAACCUCAGGUCAUUAAAGAAACUGGAAAAACUGUAUCUGGGAGGCAAUUACAUUGCUGUUGUAGAAGGUUUAGAAGGGUUAAAAGAACUAAGAGAGCUUCAUGUUGAGAGUCAGAGGCUUCCUCUUGGUGAAAAGCUUCUGUUUGAUCCAAGAACUCUUCAUUCUCUGGCAAAGUCCCUCUCCAUAUUAAAUAUCAGCAAUAAUAAUAUUGAUGACAUUAGAGACUUAGAACUACUGGAGAAUCUUAGUCAGCUCAUAGCAGUUGACAACCAGCUUCUUCAUGUGAAGGAUUUGGAGUACUUACUGAAUAAGUUGAUCAAGUUAUGGAAAAUGGAUCUAAAUGGAAAUCCUGUUUGUCUCAAACCAAAAUACAGGGACAGACUGAUAGUGGUGUCCAGAUCUCUGGGUAUAUGUUUAUAUUAAUAUAAUUUUCAUAGAGAAUGAUUAACUUUUAGUAUAUCAGCAAGCUUUCAGAAAUAUAAAUAUGAAAUCUGUAUCCAUGAAAAUUGUCAACUUUAAAUUUGAUAUUUUAAUAAGAGCAAAAGUUAAAUUUGAAAAAUAAAGCACGAAAAAUGUCUGCUGAUCAAAAAUAAUUAAAGCACCAGAUACUCUGUCGUUAAGGAGAAAAUGUGGUGGUUACCAAUAAAAAUGGUU